AGCAGUAAUUCUCUCCCUUGAGUCUAAAUAUAGCUCGCCGUUGUUUACUCUGAGAGAUGAACUACUUCUUGCCGACGAGAGAUAGAGAGAGAGAGAGAGAGAGAGACUGAGAGAGAGGAAGAGACUAAGAGAGGGGAAAAAGACUGAGAGGGAGACGGGAACUUUUUUUUUAUCUCUCUCGAUUUUUUUUUAAAAUUUUAUUUGAACGGCAGUUGUGUGAGGGAGUCAGUUGUGUUUCCACAACGUAAUGCUUUGUACCGAUAUAUUGCUCGUAUUGAAAGAUGUAAACAUUCCCAGUGUUGGGUUUAUCUGUGGAACACACGACUGGCAUGACUUGUUUUGUCUGUCCGCUCUCAUUGUAGACCAGAUAAAUAGUCCAACGUCAAAGUUCAGGAAUCACUUGUCUUAACUACGAACCACGAUUCCUACUUUUUUUGGAUUCAUUAACAACCUCGAAACUGUGGAUAUAUCAAAUCUGGUCAGAAUAUAGUUUCACUUCCAGAUUGUGCAUCCUAACAUUUCCUGAACUUGUGUGGAUUAUAGACAGAUUAAUCAUUUCUGUGGAUAAGAUCGAACUCAAGGUUUUUAAAUUUCCCUAGCAGACGUUAAUCUAAAGCUCUUCACUUCCGGUAACCUUGAGAAACUACCAUCUUCCUGACAUCCCGGACUACUUGGGGCGUUUUAGCAGGAUUUCUAUUAUUUCUAAAGGCGCCCAUUCCCCGGGCAGGCAAGAUUUGGACGACUUUGUGGACGAGUCGAGCCAUGGCGUGUGCGGGUGUCUAGCAGACAGUAUGAGCUGGUUUAUAACUCACGCUCGCUUCUUACUAAAGUGAUUGGAACGUGAAGGGAAUUAUCAAACGGUUUCAGAGUAAGUUGAUGAUUGGUCGAUUUCAUCCCACGUGACGAACUCCAAGGGCAGUCGUUGGAUGAGCGGUGACUGCAAGAGGCGGAUCUCCUUCUCGGCCGACUCUGUGCUCACAGCCGUCAUCCAGGAUGCCGACACCUCUGAACUGGUCCGAAUCCUGGACAACCACGGCGACGCCGUUCGCGUCAACCAGGUCAACCACGUGGGGCUCACUGCCCUGCACCACGGGGUGCUCAGCAACAACCUGGACACGGUCAAGCUGUUGCUGUGCAACGGCGCCGACGUCAACGCGCAGGACGUCCACGGCUUCUCCCCGCUGCACACGGCCGCGGCUUGCGGCUUCACGCAGAUCGCUAGCAUGCUCGUGCUCUACGGCGCCGACGUCUUCUCUCUCACCGCGCAGAAAGAGACGCCCCUGGACGUGGCCAAGGACAUCGGCGUCAUCCGGCUCUUGAGCGAGGAGAUGCGGAGGCGCUUCCACCAAGAGCUCUUCCUGACGUCUUUCCUGCAGAGAAAAGCCUCAGACGGAUGGAUUUACAUCAAGCAGAACGCCCUGAAGCUUGUUGAUGAGUUCAUGCAGCUGCUUCUCCAUCUCUGGAAGAGGCAUCGGACAAAGUACCCCACCAGAAGACUGCAGAUUCAGAAAGAAGAGUAAAACCUAUUUUCCCAGAUUUCUGAUGCUAAACAUUUAGUCGUCUGAGACAUUGGCAUCGCCUGACCUACACUAAAUAGCUCGCUUGAUUGAAAGAUAUGCAAAGUGUAUGGUUGGUCAGAGGAUUGUUUGACAGAUAUAUCUCUUAACUUAUGUGGUACAUAGUCAUACGGUGUGAUUUGAUUGUUUUAAAAUCAAUUUUUUUUUCUUCUAUUUGCAUAUCAUGAAUUUAUAUUUAUUGAGACUAAAAAAAAAAGUAUUUGUAUAAAUAAAAUUAAAAUAACUUUCUAUCUU